AUGGGUAAGAGUCAUUUUCUCUCAUUAACGCGUUCGUCCAGUCGAAACUGGUGUUAUCAAUUGAAGAAAAUUGUCCCUUCUCACUGUAAAAUUAUCUGCCCCAACGCGAAACCCAUGGAAGUUUCUAUUAAUCAAAAUGCCAGAAUGCCUGCAUGGUUCGAUAUUUACGGUCUCUCAGUUGAUUCACCCCAAGACGAAAAAGGCAUCUCAAAAGUUGCUGAGCAAGUUUGCAGGCUAGUCAAAACUGAAGUGGAAACCUAUGGAAUUCCUUUGAACCGCAUUGUACUGGGUGGAUUCUCCCAGGGAGGAAGUGUGGCCCUCUUCACCGCAAUCACUGCUUCCUCUCUUCGUGGUCUAGCUGGCGUGAUGAUCUUCAGUGCCUGGCUUCCUCUUGCUCAACAAAUCACCGCUGAUAGUGCUCCGAAGAAGCUAACUGGUCCUAAACUUUAA